AACGACGAAGACGACUGCGAAGCGUAGAAAAGAGCUCGCCACCAAGCCCUGCCUCUAUCACGGCGACCCGGGAGGCGCCAGAGAGGAAUUCGCGGUUGUUACCCCUCCCCCCUUCUCUCCUCAGGGCCGUGAGCGGCGCCAGCCCGCCGCCAUUUUGUGAGCGUGUCCCUCCCCUAACCAUCCCACUCCGCGCGCGCCAUUUCUCUUUCUCUCUCAUACUCCCCUCUUUUUCUGUGGCAAGCGACCGGGCGCCAUGUUUGUAAGGAAGACAUAACCAGGGCAAGCCGUCCUCUCUCUCUCUCUCUCUCCCCCUCCGGCCAACCGCUUCCCCACCGACCGGCUGACCCACCCCGUUGUGUGUUUCCUCCUGUGGUGCGUGUGUAUUGACUGUUGUACCCCCCCCCCGAAAAAGCCGGGACUCCUCCUUUUCCUCCUCCGAAGGCGCCUUCGUCUGCCCUUCUUUAUUUGUGGCGAGGAGCUCUUCAUCCUCGGCUUCUUUUGCCUGGGGCGACCGUCAAAAGUGCCCCUCUGUGCGUGUAUGUGUUCCCUUCUUAUCAGUGAAACCGUGAGGGAAACCUUCGUCCGCCGCUUCACGGAGGGGGGACCCUCCUAGCGUCCUCCUUUGGCCGACGCAGGGCCGUUACCGCUGCUACUGCGGUGUGUGUAUGCAUGGUGUGUGUGUGUGCGCGCCUCCUUCGUCUCCUCCCUCCUCUCUCCUCUCCCAACGCCCCACCACGGGCAGCAGUGUCCUGCCUUCCUCCUCCUCCUCCUCCCUGCACACACAGCCAGAGCCAGCACAAUGGCCUUUGAAAGCCUGUUCUCCAAGCCCCCAAACCCAGUUCUUGACCAAAACAUGCCCGACUCUGACAGGCAACAUGCAGGGGACGAAAGAGAGGAUGGGGAACUCGAAGAUGGUGAAAUAGAUGAUGCUGGAUUUGAAGAAGAUAAGGAAGAACAAGAUGCAAAAGUUGAAGAUAAACAGAAAAAUGAAAAAGCCCAUAGAAAAUCCCGAAAGAAGCGCAAAAAAGAAAAAGAAAAGAAAAAAUCAAAAAGGAGAAGACGUGAUAAAUACAAGCAUAAUUCCCCCUCCAGUGAUGACAGUUCUGACUAUAGCGUUGAUUCUGAUGCCGAACGCUCAGAAAGAUCCCAUAAGAAAGGAGCUGGUUUCUAUAGAGAUUAUGAUUCAUUUUUUCAGCAUGGGCAUAUUUCAGGGAAAUAUACCCCUUCACAGAAGUCACAGCAUAAUAAAAAAUCAAAAAACAAAGACUAUGAUAAUUACAGCGAUGAUUUUGUCUACAAUGAAGAUGAGAAAGAGGAUUUUGCUGACCAGUUAAAACAAUAUAGACAAGCUAAAGAAACUUCAAAUGUUGAUUUAGAAGCUCCAAUUUCAAAAGAACCACUGAAAAAACAAGGGAUGAAAGGGAUUCAGAAAGGUGCUGCACAAACAAGCAAUAGUUACGGUAUUGGCCGAGGGCGUGGCAUGCAAAAGAAAUUGAAACGUAAAGACCGUGGAAGGGGAAGAGGGAUAAAUAAAGGUCCGGAAGAGGAAAUAAAGCCAGUGAAGAAAUGGCCAACUAUGAGUCAGGCAUUCAUAAACCAGCAUACUGUGGAACACAAAGGAAAGCAAAUUUGUAAAUAUUUCCUAGAGGCACGAUGCAUUAAGGGAGACCAGUGUAAAUUUGAUCAUGAUGCAGAAAUAGAGAAAAAGAAGGAAAUCUGCAAAUUUUAUAUACAGGGUUAUUGUUCCAAAGGAGAGAACUGCAUUUACAUGCAUAAUGAAUUUCCUUGCAAGUUCUAUCAUACAGGAGCUAAGUGCUAUCACGGUGACAAGUGCAAGUUUUCUCAUGAUCCUCUAACUAAAGAGUCAAAAGAACUGCUUGAUAAGGUAUUGAAUACAGAAGAGGAGCCACAGAAUGAUGAUGAAAAAGAAGUGGAGGAACUUAGGAAGCGUGGCAUAGUUCCUCUUCCUAAGCCACCUCCAGGAGUUGGACUUUUGCCAACCCCACCAGAACCAUACUCAUUUACUGAGGAAGAUGAAGAAAACUUCCAGGAUCCCUCUGGUGAAUUCAAGAAAAUUCCAUCUCUCUUUGAGAUAGUUGUGAAACCUACUGUGGAUUUAGCACACAAGAUUGGAAAAACUCCACCAGCAUUCUAUAAUAGUACAUCACCACCAGGACCAGAGUUUGAAGGAAAUGAUCCACAUAUGUACAAUGCAGAAUCAAGCCCAGGACAUAAUGGACCAGCAGGGCUCCCAGGUUCUCCUGGACAUCCCUGCACAGGUCCACAGAGUCCACCUUUGCAGCCAGUUCCUCCAGGUUACUUAGGACCACAGGGCCAAGCUGGUGGACUGAUGCAUGGACAGCAGGGUGGGCCGCCUUUAACACCACCUGGUUCAUAUGGCUGUGCAGUUGCUCAAGAACAUAUGGUAAACAUGCCCAGAGACAAUCACUGCUCACCUGGUCCACCGUAUCAGCAAAUUCCUGGUGAACGGCUUCCAAAUACUUGUUAUGAGGCUCUUCAGAAUCCUGCCAGUUUCUAUGAUAAUUACUAUUCACAUCAGGCUGUACAUAGCUUUCAGACAACCAGUAACACUGGUGAUGGUGCAUGGCAAGGAGAAUUUACAGAUCAACAGUCUCACCAUGUGUCUUCCGAUUCAUAUAAUAGUGGCAAUGAGUAUGAGUCAGACUGUGCCACCACAGCAGGCCACAAUUCAGCUAUUAAUGUACCAGAUUUUCUUCCUGCAAUGCAGAAAGCUCUUUUUGUAAGACUUAGUCAGAAACAGCAAGAUGAUGGAGAACAGAUAAACAAUCAACGUCAAAGAUCACUGAGUAGAGAAGAAGAUGAUAAUGUAAACUGGUACUCCAGUAGUGAAGAGGAUGAAGGAAGCAGUGUUAAAUCAAUAUUAAAGACCUUAAAGAAACAAAGUGAGACAUUAAGGAAGCAGCAGCAGCACUCAGCAGACCAACAGCUGCGUGUUUUGCCUACCGACCCAAGACUUGCUAAAGAGCGAGGUCCAGGAAGCCAAGCUGUUGAUCCCAGGCUCAGAUCAGCUUCAAGAUCAAAUGUUAGAAAACCGUCAGACUCAGGAAACUUGGACCCAAGACUUGCACGAGAUCCGAGAAUUUUAAAGGGUAAUGAAAGCAGUCAUGGAAGCUCAUCUGCUAGCGCAGCAAAGCUAGACUUGCAUCGCACAAACCCUGGUGUCAAGAUCAUGCAAAAAGGAUUAGAGGAGGAGGAGGAGGAUGGAGAACGAGAGCUGAGAGAACGAGCUUUUCUAAUACCAUUGGAACCUCUGCCUGGAGUAACAUUACGGGAUCCAAGAUCUCAGCUUAGGCAGUUUAGCCAUAUUAAAAUGGACAUUGUUCUGAGCAAACCCAACUUUGCUAAGCAUAUUGUAUGGGCUCCUGAAGACUUACUCCCGGUACCUUUGCCGAAACCAGACCCAGUGUCCUCAAUCAAUUUACCCCUUCCUCCGCUUAUAGCUGAUCAGAGAUUUAACCAAUUACGGAACAUCAAAAGUGAUCCCAUCCCAACUGCAAUACCAUCUGACCCAAGACUAGCCACAAAAGCAAAAAAUAACACAAAUUUAGCAAUCAGAAGUGGCUCUUUGGACCACUCUACAGAUUCACAUCCUGGUAUAAACAAAUUGGGAGACCCUCGCUUGCAAAAAACAAUUGACCCCAGGCUCCAUAGACUGUCCAGUACAGAUUCUCAUCAUGGAAUAGUGAAGGAUCUUUUGCCUCCAAAAACUGACCCCAGGUUAGCCAAAUCUAGUACUGGUACAACACAGUCCUCAGAAGCUGCAACCUUUCAGUCUGAUUCAGAUGUGUUACCUCCAUAUGCACCUAAGCUAUCAUCUGCUACCACAAAACUGGGCACUCCUAGCUCAAUAUUAAGUGGCAUUAGUUUGUACGAUCCAAGAAAUCACACUUCAUCAGACCCCUCUCCAGUUAAUUCAGGGGAGAAUGGAGAGAACCAGAAAAAGGGUAUUUUGAAAAGUGCUGGCCAAAAUGAAGGUACGCUUCCAGAAGAACAGUUGCCUCAAAAAACAUCCCUUCACAUAGAAAAAGGCAUGGAAACAUUUGGAGAAGCCAAUCCAGAUAAAGUGGGCAGUGUCAGUAAAUCUCAGGCUAAACACUCCAGUGCUGCUCCAGCAGUACACAAUCUUCCCAUCCAGGCUUUGUCAGGGUUAAUCAGACCACAAUACAGCGAUCAGAGGCAAAUAAGGCAGCCUGGGCAGAUCAGUCAAACAUCAGAAAAUGAUCCAAAUGGGGAAUCAGAUGACAAAUCACUGAAAGAUGUUUUUAAGACUUUUGACCCAACUGCUUCACCUUUCUGUUAGCUAUUUGUUUAUGAAGACUUUUUACCAUUGUGAAUAAUUCAAGUUUCGGCAGUUUUGUAACUAAUUUACCUCUGUGCUUUAUUUAUUUUUAAAUUAUAACCAGAAACACAUUUGGCUGCUAUUUUCAGAACCACAUGCAGUAACACAGUAUGCUAUAGUGUUUGCCAAGUUGGUAUUUUCUAUAUAAUUUUCCCAUUUCAGGGAGACUAAUCAUUGAUCUGUUUUUUUUAAAGAAAAAAUAGACAUAUCAUGUUAGAUUUGAAAGAAGCACUUUCAUUGUAAAUAAUCAUUAAGGAUUCAAUUUGAAGACUUGUAUAUGUGUAAUGUGUCUUUUCAAAAUCAGCAUUUAGAGAAUGUUUGCCACUUUUGUAUGAUUGUAUAGGUUCAAGCAAUAUAAUGUACAUUACUGUGAGAGGCACUAUUUAAAAUAAAAAUUAUCUGAUCUAUCAAGGCCAACUUGCUAAAUAACAAAAUACUGAUUUUUUCUGAACAUUUGACACAAGGCAUCAUUUUUUUAUUCAUGAAGUUGAUAUUCAUAGCCUAAAAGAUACUGUAUUGCAUAUUGAGGAACUGAAACAUUUUUAAAGUAUUUUAUUCUAUGGUGUAUAUAGAAGAAAUUGCAAAGGCCAUAACUAAAACAUUAGAGUUUUAAGUAGAAAAUAUCUAAGUUGUAUGUGUAAAAAAAUGUAUUUACUUUUUUCAUGUAUACACAAUUCUCAAUUAGUGCUGUCACAUUGUGGUGUUCAUGUAUUCAACGUAUUUUUGUAUUCAACUGCUUAAUUUGUAUUGCUUUUUUGUAUUGAUGUAACAACAGUAACAUAUAUUCAUGUGUCUAUGACAUUUUUAACAAAUUAAAAAAAGUGAAAAUCUCUUGACUUUUCACAGACUAGAGUAGAUUGCUAUAAUGCUGGAAAAUCUGCAUUGCAGACUGUAUUUACCUACCACUUUUUCUCCCAAACAGUUGUUGGUCCACCUGGUCAUUUCUUCCUUCCCACUUUAUUCUCAUUCAACAACCCAGUGUGGUACAUUAGGCUGAAAGAGAGCGAGUUUCAUAGCCAAGAAGGGGUUUGAACCCAUGUCUCCUUAUUCUGGCACUCUGUCGACUGUCCUCCAUUGACUUUUUUUGUGAAUGGUAGUGAAGCUGAAGCUAUCUGAAAGAGAAGUGAUAAGCAUUUUGCUCUUGGGGACCAGAUUCUAUAGUCCCCAGAUUCUGUAGUCCUUACCAUAUGAAACACUUUUGUGUUCAGAUGAAAGGCAAGGGCAGAUUUGCAGCCUUGUGCAUAGGCAGGAGCUAAGGAUGUGAACAAAUACGAUCUUGGAGACAAAUAAAUUCCUGCAUUGAAUUUAGACCCUUGGGAGAGCAUAAAUUCUUCUCUGAUGGUUGGAGCAUGAACAAUGUCAGAGUCACAGCCUGCUUCUAGCCAGAACAAGUGAUGUUGAUAACACUUCUUGUUUGUCUCUCUUGACUUAUCCAUGGAGAAUUUAAAGAUAAUUUAACCCGCUUUCCCCAGCAGCACUAUACCGUAGCUUGGAAUUUGUUGUAGAUUGUUUGUGUGUGGCUCUCACCUUUGCUGUCUGCCACCUCCUUAUUUAUGGGUAACUUGUAAUUGUCAUGCAAAUACCCAUGCUCAAGCCAGGGAAGGGGCAGGUGAAUAUUAGACACCAUCUCUGUUAUCUUUUCGGCACCUGCUGAAGACCUUCCUCUUUCAACAAGCCUUUCAAGUAGAGAUCUUAUCCCAGU